UCAUGGGAAAUCCAGGUGGGUUUUAGGCAAGCUGGUUUACACAUUGCAUAUUCACCGAUUCUAUUCCAUUUUCACACUAUAAAUACGCAUUGUCUUUCUGGGUUUUCUUCAUUGCGGCAAGCGCUUCUUUUCAAGUCCUUGUUAUAGGUUGGGUUGCUUCUGCCUGCUCUUCAACCACUAAAAUGAGCUAUUCACAACACUCCAUGGGUUCUGGCAGUAGAACAGCUAGAAGGACGUUCGAGUUUGGAAGGACACAUGUGGUGAGGCCCAAAGGGAAACAUCAGGCAACUAUAAUUUGGUUGCAUGGUCUAGGUGAUAAUGGCUCAAGCUGGUCCCAGCUUUUGGAAAGCCUUCCUCUUCCUAAUAUUAAAUGGAUUUGCCCAACUGCCCCUACUCGUUCUGUGGCGAUACUUGGUGGAUUUCCUUGCACUGCAUGGUUUGAUGUGGGAGAGCUUUCAGAAGAUGUUCCAGAUGAUUGGGAAGGUUUAGAUGCAUCUGCAGCGCACAUUGCAAACUUGUUGUCUGCUGAGCCAGCUGAUGUUAAAGUUGGAAUAGGAGGUUUCAGCAUGGGUGCGGCGACAGCCCUCUACUCUGCAACUUGCUUUGCUUCGGGGAGAUACGCCAAUGGCAACCCAUACCCGGUGAACCUGAAGGCAGUUGUUGGCCUGAGUGGCUGGCUUCCAGGAGCAAGCAACAUAAAGAAAAAAAUAGAAGGAUCACACGAGGCAGUGAGACGUGCUGCAAGCUUACCCAUUUUGCUAUGUCAUGGAACUUCUGAUGAAGUAGUCCCACAUCACUAUGGAGAGAAAUCUGCCAACUCCUUGAAUGCAGCAGGAUUUCGGCACAUCACAUUUAAAUCCUAUGAUGGGCUUGGUCAUUACACGGUCCCUAAAGAAAUGGAUGAGGUCCGGAAUUGGCUCACUGCAAGGUUGGUUCUUGAUGGUUCUCGAGCAUAAUGUAACGCAAAAUCAGUAUCUACUUGGAGCUUGUGAGGAAGAACUGGGAACAAUAACAGUAAAAGAGAAAAUAAUGCAUAUGUAAGAGUAGGUAGCUAGUAAGGUGGCUCAUGGGGUAUGUGGUAUAGAGAAACUAUUCCCCUUUGCUUGUCUAGCGCUAGUCCUAAAAAUAAAGAUUGGAGGUCUCACAUUUCUCUUGUAAAACAUGUAGAGUAUUUGGUAUUCAAUUUUACUCCUAGAGCAUUUUAAUUUGUACUACCUGAUAUGAUAUUUUAAUCUAGUAAAGUUUUGAUUCUCUCUCGUGCUUGUGGGGCC